UACGAAUGCUAUGCAGAACUCCUGGCCAAAGCAGGAGGUGGGCAGAUUCGACCCCCAACGACGGUGGGAACAAAGGACAAUCUAGCCAUGGUUCCAGUGAGUGGCCCCGAAUUCCCGUGGGGUCCCCCAACUGAGAGGUCCAUGGAGAGAAAUCGACGGGACUUAGCUGCUCAGGAUUGGUACUGGGGUGACGUGUCAAGAGCGGAGGUCAGUGAGAUCAUGAGGGGACAAUCGGACGGUGCCUUUCUCGUGCGCGAUUCAACUCAAUCUGGAAAUGUGAACGCUUUCACGCUAACCGAAAAGCGCAAUUUCAGCACCAUUCUCUUUCGAAUUUUUCAUCGAGGAGAUUCCUUCGACAUAUCAGAUCCACCUUCACCGGGUUUUCCUCUAAUCUCUGACUUGAUUGCAUAUUAUCAGAAGAAAGCACGAUUCGCCAGCCUUGAUGCGCCCUAUCCUCGAUUGAUCUAUCCAGUGAAGCGCAACAGUCCUGAUCUGCUCUCCAGUCUCCUGAUCUCCAGUCCCGAGCAGAUAAUCAAGAUCCUAUUGACUACUCUUCGAUCAGCAUCGGUUGAACUCAAUCGGCGAAAUAUCCUUCGAUCCGAUUUCGAAAAUCAAAUGGAGCAACCCUCUUCACAAUAUUUUUUUGCUGGUCGAUUUGAAUCGUCGAUCGAGCGACUUGAUGCACGAAAUGGGCGUGACUUCCUCUCAAGCCCGGGCGCUUGGCCGAGCUCAGGAUUGGCUCGUAAAGACCAACUCCAUCUUCUCUCACAACAGAUCAAACCACGGUACUUCCAGGUAUAA